ACAGAACCUCAUCGUCCACUCUUUUGGAGCGGUCAUACACUACAAAAUUUUUUCAUAGUUUAAAUUUGUAUUUUUUUCAAAUUUUUUAUUUGCAAUGACUUAAGUACAACAUAAAGCUUUAUAGUUUCACCCAACGCAGAGUAGAACUGCCCACAAAAUAUUUGUAUGAUAUCUAUACACAUAAAUGGCUUUUUCUGAUAUUUUCAGAACAGUUUUAUUUGGCAUUCCUGUGGGCAUCACAAUUAUAGAUGUAUUUGGAUAUGUUGCUCGCGUUGAUGGUGUAUCUAUGCAACCUGCACUGAAUCCAGAAAGUAAUACUGACUACGUUUUCUUAAAUAAACUUUCAGUGAGAUUGUAUCAGGUUUCAAGAGGAGAUGUUGUUGCCUUAUUUUCACCUAAAGAUCCAGAACAGAAGCUGAUUAAACGUAUCAUUGGUUUGGAAGGAGAUGUCAUAAAAACUCUCAACUACAAAGCUCCUACAGUUACAGUACCUGCUGGACAUUGUUGGGUGGAAGGUGAUAAUGCUAAUAACUCAAUGGAUUCUAAUUUGUUUGGCCCAAUCGCAUUAGCUUUGAUCACUGCAAAAGCUACAGCAAUUGUGUGGCCCCCUAAAAGGUGGCAAAGUGUGAAAUCAGAUAUUCCAAAAGAUCGGAAACUUUCUCUUCAAAUAGAAUACUGAUAACGGUGGUACAGUUAAAUACAUACAUGUGAUAAUGAGGUCAGUUUGUUUUGUUGAUAAGAUAGAAUUAGACUUUUCAGGCAAUAUACUCGCCGAUGCCAUUGCACUAGGUGAUAUAGAUAAUGAUGGAGAAAAUGAACUUGUAGUUGGAACAAUCAAUGGUGAAUUGUCAAUCUUCAAAGGUGAAAAAUUAUGGCAAACCAUAUCUGGUUUAGGUAUGAUAUCAAGUGUAGGAGUUGGUGAUAUAAUGAAUUGUGGGAGCAAUGCCGUUGUUGCUAUUAGUGGGGAAGGAUGGUGUCAUUUUUAUAUGUGUAUUAAUCAAAACAAACCUAAUAUUUGUGAAAAACUUCAACUAGUUUAUCAAAGGAGGAUCCCUACGAAUGCAAAGGUUAUGGUUUUGGGUGAUAUUCAAGGUGAUGGUCAGACAGACUUGAUUGUAGGAUUAACUGAUAGGGUGGUGAGGAUAUAUCGGUGGCUUCAGACCCGGGAAGUUGCUAGUCUAGUUUGCCUCAAUAAGUGUGAGUGUGCAAGCCAGAUUGGAUCAAUAUGCAUUGGAAAAGAUCUUGAAAGAAAACCAUGCGUGUUAGUUUCUCAACCUGGAGCAACUUAUAUGACAAUUUCAAACAGCCAAGAAGAAAACCCAUUGGUUGAGUACCAUGAAGUACCUUUGCCUAAACUUACUUGCAGUAGCAUUAGCAGUCAGAUUGUUGGUUGUGUUGGAAAUGACUCAAGUAUUGGUGUUGUUGCACUCGAUGGCACGGUUUCAUACAUUAAUAAGCAGAAGCUUUUAUGGACUAUAAAUGUUGAGCAACAGUUAUUUAAAGCUGGUAAAGUUAGUGUCUGUAAUGAAGGAGGCGAGCAGAUAGUUACCAGUGCUUGGUCCGGCCACACUUUUAUCAUAGACACUCAGAGUAACAUUGUUUGCUUUGAAGUUGGUCAAGCAAUACAGAGUUUCAUAUCAGGAGUUUAUGCCAAUAACAAAUCUACCUCUUUUAUAUAUGUUACUUACAGCAAUAAAAUUCUUGUCUAUUUUAAUAUUGAAAUAGAAAGAAUGGUCCUUUAUAGCCUGUAUGCUUUACAAGCAAAUGAUCCUGAAUUUUCUUCGUAUACAAGACAAGAGCUCAAAGAAAUGACUGAAUAUUACCUUUACCAUGAAGAUAGUGAAGAUAAAAAAACUUCCGAUGAAGAAGAAACAGUCUGAUUUUGGCUAUAGCUGUUGUAUAAUAUAGUCUGAAACAUUUUUAUUGUAACAUUUUGCAAUUACAGCCAUUAAAAAAAGAUAUUUGUACCUUUUUAAAUUCGCCAAUAUAUUAUAUUAUUCCUAAUAAUUAUUUAAAUAUUUAUUA